GUCUCACGCCCAGACGACGGCGGCAGCCGCGACAGGCCAAUCAGGCACGUCAAUGAUAUUCGGCGCCACGCAUGCAGCGUCAGCAGCGAUACCGGUUGCAGUUGGAGGUACAGGACGGCUGCUGCACAGCUACGGCUGCUGCUGUGCUGGGAGAAGAAGAUCUACCACGGUGAGACCAUGGGCACAGGGUAUUUCUGCGCUGUACUCUGUGGGACAUGGGAGUGGAAAACAGGUCGCAAGCACGGACAGCAGCAGUCGCAACAGUUCUGGAGAUUGUAGUCAUGCACAACGGCGGCAGCAACUGCGGGAUAAGCAGACAAGCCUACUGGGCGAGAAGGAGGAAGCGCCGGCGGGGCAGUGGGAGGAGGAGGAGGAGGAGGACUCUUCGACAGUCAGCUCAAGGCUGCAGGACGUCGUGAGCCAGUUGCAGGGCGAGCUCCGCGCAGGGUCCACCCCACAGGUGCGUUCCAGCAUCAAGCUGGACGGUCUGUUCGCCGACCUUCGAGGCCAAGAAGACACCCCUCGAGGGCGCAACUCCACCACAACAACCACCACCGGACCCAAUACCAUCCCUCCCAAAUCACCGAAACAGCAGCGCCGGUUGCCCAACGGAAAGCUUAGUGCAGCGGGGUCCGGGGACGCUGCGCUGGAAGGGACCGAUGACCUGGAGUCUCUCUCCGACAUGCUAGACCGCGUACAGGCAAGCGCUAAGGCUCGCGACCUGGCCGAGGCCGAGGCGCGUUCGCUGGCGCUCCGUUCGGGAGGCCCUAUCGGAGACGACCCUGUCCGGUCGUGGGUGACCAUCGGCAACCAGAGGGACAUUAAGACGCGGUUCAGGAACAUCCGGGAGGGGCGGGUGGGCUGGGCGGUCCUACCCCUGGUCAUGAAGGCCAAGCAGGCCGGGAUACCGCUGAGCACGGGCGUCUACAACGCGGCGAUAGCGGCCUACGCCGGUACGCCCAGGAAGUACGAGGACGCCCUCCGGGUGCUGAACAUGCUGAGGCGCGAGGAGGACCCCGGCGUUCGCCCCGACCUGGGGUCCUACAACGCAGCCAUGUGGGUGUGCUCCGAGGCGGGCCAGUGGCGAUUGGUAAUGGAGUUGAUGACGCAAGCACGCGAGGAAGGCAUAGAGCCGGACACGACUUCGUACAACAACGCCAUGAGGGGGAUGGCCAUCCAGAAGCAGUGGAGGCGUGCGCGAAAGCUGCUCAAGAGAAUGGUGUCCGAGGGGCUUUCUCCCGACGUCCGGACCUACAACGGGCUCGUUGAGGCGGCGGGAAUGGGGAGCGCUGCCCCCCGCAAGCACAUGAUCGAGGUCGUGCACGAGAUGGAACAGGCGGGCGUGGAGCCGAACAGCUACACCUUUACGACCUUGCUCAUCUGCUUGGCUCGGCGACGCAAGACUUUCGAUGGCUUCCAGGCAAGACUAGUGGACGCGCGCGCGCCUUUGCUACCACACGGGCAUCGGGCCGGCCUUCAGUUCUGCGACGCGUAUGGAGACUGGCGCCGCGCGAUGAUCCUGAUGGAGGACAUGCGCGUCGCCAAGCGCCGCCCGUCUGCACCGAUGUAUCUGCUAGCGGUGAAGGCUUGCGCGAAGGGGGGGCAGUGGGAGCGCGCGCUGUCUCUCAUGGUGGAGCGGCGAGCGUUGGACGUGCGGGAGGAAAAAGAGAUGGACGAGAAAAACGGUGGGAAGCCGUUGAAGCGGAAGAAAGUGGAGGCCGUGGCGAAGGCCAAGAAGCAAGCGGCAAGGACGCACAUGAAAACCCUUGAAGUGGUGCUGAGCGCGGUGUCAGAGGCCGGUCAAUUCGAGGUCGCAAUGCGCCUCGUGCAGCAGAUGCGUGCCGCGGGAGGCACACCGAGCAAGAAGUGCUACCUCUACACCCUUCGCGCUGCCUCAAAGUGGGGCCGCUGGGACGUGAUCGAAAGCCUCAUGAAGGACAUGCGUGCUCUGCGCGUCGGAGUCGUAGCGGAUAAAGAGACAAACACCAUGGAUGGCGGCGUUGUUGUCAUCAACGGGGAGGGCAAGGGGGG